AUGGCCUCCUCCGAUGGCGCCUCUUCAAUCACAGUGGCGGUACGCGUGAGGCCUUUCACUAUUCGCGAGGCGGCCCAGUUAUCUCGUACCGAUGACACUCCGCUAUUCCUGGGCGAUGGUUCGUUAGCGGGCGUGCCAACGCCCAAGUUGAAUCAGAAAGGGCUUCGGUCCGUCGUCAAGGUCAUUGACGAUCGAUGCUUGGUUUUCGAUCCCCCCGAAGACAACCCCGUACAAAAGUUCUCUAGGAGUGUGGUUCCCAACGGCAAGCGUGUCAAGGAUCAGACAUUUGCAUUCGAUCGGAUUUUCGACCAGAACGCUUCCCAGGGAGAAGUCUACGAGGCUACCACGCGCCGCCUCCUCGAUAGUGUUCUCGAUGGUUACAAUGCAACCGUGUUUGCUUACGGUGCGACUGGGUGUGGAAAGACACAUACGAUCACGGGAACGGCCCAACAACCGGGUAUCAUCUUUUUGACGAUGCAGGAGCUUUUCGAGAGGAUCGAUGAAAGAUCCGGCGACAAAUCGACGGAGAUCUCGCUUUCGUAUCUCGAAAUCUACAAUGAAACUAUUCGGGACUUGCUUGUCCCGGGCACGCCCAAGGGAGGCCUUAUGCUCCGGGAGGACGUGAAUCAGUCCGUUUCGGUGGCCGGAUUGUCUAGCCAUCAUCCCCAAAAUGUGGAGCAGGUCAUGGAGAUGAUCAUACGCGGAAACGAGUGUCGAACCAUGUCACCUACCGAGGCCAAUGCUACAUCUUCGCGAUCACACGCUGUUCUCCAGAUCAAUAUUGCCCAAAAAGAUCGAAAUGCUGGACAAAAUGAGCCUCAUACAAUGGCAACCCUGAGCAUUAUUGAUCUUGCAGGCAGCGAACGAGCCAGCGCGACAAAAAAUCGUGGCGAGCGUUUGUUUGAAGGGGCGAACAUCAACAAGUCGUUGCUCGCACUGGGAAGCUGCAUUAACGCCCUCUGUGACCCACGGAAGCGCAAUCAUAUUCCCUACCGAAACUCCAAGUUGACGAGACUUUUGAAGUUUGCGCUUGGAGGUAAUUGCAAAACGGUGAUGAUUGUCUGCGUCAGCCCUUCGAGUCAGCAUUUCGAUGAAACACAGAACACACUACGCUACGCGAACCGAGCCAAGAACAUUCAAACAAAGGUCACUCGCAACGUCUUCAAUGUCAAUCGACACGUCAAAGAUUUCCUAGUCAAGAUCGAUGAGCAAAUGAACCUUAUCAAUGAGCUCAAGACACAGGCGAAGGAGUCCGAGAAGAUCGCAUUUACCAAGUUCAAGAAACAAACCGAAAAGAAAGAUGUUGUCGUGCGUGAUGGCGUCACCCGAAUUCGCAGUGCCUACGAACACAGUCUCCCGGAGCGCCAGGAAAAGACCAACAAUAUGCUGAAACUGAGACAAAUCAGUCGCCGUAUCGGAAUUCUAUCGUCUUGGAUUGCUGCAUUCGACAGCGUUUGCGAGACCCGUGGUGGCCAGGACGGGCUGUCCAAUCUGUAUGCUGUGCAAAAAACCGCACAUGGUAUCCUGCUUGAGCUCGAGGGCAGUCGACAUCACUACAAUCAGCGGCUGUCAAAGAACACUUGGGACCGAGCCAUGACGUCUGCUGUUGAACAUGCGACGAAGCAACUACGAGAGUUUGAUAUCAGCGAUGCUAGCGAUUACGCGAGCCUGGACAAGGAAGCUGAGCUCCUUCGAUCUCAUGCCGAGCGGGAGGCGUUAUCGGCAGUGAUCGAGCAUGACAAGGCUGGUGAAGUCGCUGCUGUGCAGUCAUUGCUUCAAGCUCAAUUUGAACUAAUCGCCGCCAUUGAGGACAUCAUGCAGCUGAACGCGGAUGAAGCCAUGCAAAAGGGACGCGAUAUUCUCAUGAAAAUGUUGGACGACUGUACAAAUGCGACUAACAAUCUCGUCAAACCUGAUGUCACUUUAUCUUCUGUGUCCACGACCGGAUUGCAGAGUCCUUUCAAGCCAGCGAGUCCCCAGAAGACCAAGAAACGCUUCAGCCUGGUAGGCAUGCCAGCUCCGCGCCUUUCUCUCGCUCCUUCUGUCCAGCUCGCACCGGCUGCGCCUCCAUCGCCUACUAAAGGGUCCCCGCGUCGACGAAAGGUUACUGCUGGCCGGAAGAGUGUUAGCUUCACGCCCAAGAAAACACAGGCCAAGCCUUCUAAACGAUCUGUGCGCUGGAAAGACGAUGAAGAAAAUGGUCCCCUGACUGAAUUUCAGAAGACCCCCCAGAAACCCGCCGCAGUGUCGGUGCAGGAUACGAACAUUGAAGCGGACCCUUCUGAGCCAGCUCUUCCCAAGGGAGUUCCAACAAUCUCACGUAACAUCCCCCGCAUGGUCAGCCCUUCCUACAAUCUCGCUCCCGUCCCUGGAUCGUCUGAGCCAACCUUGCAUGUUCCCAAAAAUGGCAACCGAUUCCAGGCUGGCUUCCUUUCCAAGAAGAGCGGCGGCUCCCCCUCGGGACCUCCCCCGUCCAGCGGUCUUCUCAACUCUGACCGGGAGAAAUCUCCCCUGCGUGACAUUGAAGGUAGCAGUUUCUUGAACCGGGCGCCCUCCGAACGGCCUUCUCGCAUCGCUGUCCGUUCUCCCAGCGGCAAUUUCUCAAGUAGCCCAAUGUCUGAAAGUAAAGACAGCUGGAAGGCGGACAAGGAUGAGGCGCAGAAAAUCACAUCGGCCAUGCGCCGCAUCUCCAGCAGUCACGCUGGUGUGACCUCCGGCAGUCACUCCCUUCGUAUUCAUCGUCGUCGGAGCCCUACAUCCGCGACCUACGGCAGUUCUCCUAGCGAGCAUGCCCAUAGCACGAUGCAUACGAUGAACACCAUGUUUACCGCCUCACAAGCUCGUCGCAUGGUCAAGAGUGAGCGCGAAGGAGACAGCAAGCCGAGCGUUCUCAGUCCCCACAACUUGCCUGUAAUGAAGCACACUGCGCGCCGGACCACCUUGGGAGGUGACGUGCGCCCUCGAGGUGCCAGCUUAUCUACUCGAGAUGCUCUCCGACUCAGUGCAGCCGCCGCACCUUGA